AACACAUUGACGCAUUGACUGCGUUAGUAACGUUAACUUCUUUUCAAACGUCUUUUAUCUUCUUAACUAAUUGCCGUCUUAAUCAUCGAGACAGUUCAUAAUUAUGCGUAAUAGUUGGUCAAUUGCAAAUAUAACUGAUAAUUAGUAUAAUAAUGUGGGUCUAAAAGGACCGUGAGAGUCAGGAAUGAAGAUUGCAAGUGGUGUCUUGGACUUAGCCCUAGAGCAUCAAUCAAUCAAUCAAUCAAGCAUUAUGUUAGUAUGGGAUGACGACCUUUGCUUCGAUAAGUCGUGACGCACCAAAUGCAAACUUAGUCAGGGUCCUCAGAAAUUGAAGUUGAAGAACAUAAUUGUCAAAAAGAAGUCUAUUUCUUGAUCUUGUUUGGAACUUCUAGUAUUCCAGAGGAAAAGGUCUUCAGAUCCUAACUAGGAUUGAGUAUUGGACAUAGAACAUCUUGUGAAAAUGGAAGCUGAAGUAUCGUCAUCAUUGCUGUUAAUCAAAGAGGAGGAGGAGGAGGAGGCUUUGGAGGAGGGUCUUACUGAAAACACAGGUGAAGGCUCUUCGUUUGUAGACCCCUUCUUGGAAGUCAAAGCAGAAUCAGAAUUUUUUUGCCAUAGUGUAUUUGAUGUGGACUGUUCAUCCCAAUCUGAUAAAUAUGAGGAGGACAGCUCUCCAAGCUGUGAUGACGAAAGCGGAAAGAACAUCUGUAUUGCAGAAGAAAAUAGAUAUUUGGGUAUUGCAGAAGAAAAUAGUCAUUUGGGUAUUGCAGAAGAAAAUAGACAUUUGGGUAUUGCAGAAGAAAAUAGACAUUUGGGUAUUGCAGAAGAAAAUAGACAUUUGGGUAGACAGGAUACAUUUUCAAAGAGAAGCAACACAACAGGGAAGCUCAUAACAGGCGCUGAAUGCCAAAGGAUAUUUUCAAAGAGCAGCCUGAAAUCCCACAUGAGAACUCAUACGAGAGAAAAACCUUAUAGUUGCUCGAUAUGCCAAGGAAGUUUUUCUCGAUUAGGUGAUUUAAAAAAACACGAGAGAACUCAUACUGGAGAAAAACCUUAUAGUUGCUCUAUAUGCCAAAGAAGUUUUCAUCAAUCAGGCCAUUUAACAAGACACAUGAAAACUCAUACAGGAGAAAAACCUUAUAGCUGCUCUUUAUGCCAAAGAAGUUUUUCUGAAUCAGGCAAUUUAACAAAACACAUGAAAACUCAUUCAGGAGAAAAACCUUAUAGUUGCUCGAUAUGCCAACGAAGUUUUUCUCAAUUAGGUGAUUUAAAAAAACACACGAGAACUCAUACUGGAGAAAAACCUUAUAGUUGCUCUAUAUGCCAAAGAAGUUUUCAUCAGUCAGGCAAUUUAACAAAACACAUGAAAACUCAUUCAGGAGAAAAACCUUAUAGUUGCUCUUUAUGCCAAAGAAGUUUUUCUCAAUCAGGCCAUUUAACAAAACACAUGAAAACUCAUACAGGAGAGAAACCAUAUACUUGCUCUCUAUGUCAAAGAAGUUUUGCUGAAUCAGAUGUUUUAAAAAAACACAUGAUAACUCACACAGGAGAGAAAAAUUUCACCUGCUCCGUAUGUCUAAGAAGUUUUUCUCAAUCAGAGGGUCUUAGAAAACACAUGAUAACUCAUACAGGAGAGAAACCAUAUACUUGCACUAUAUGUCAAAGAAGUUUUUCGCAAUCACAGGCUCUCAAAGCACACUGGGGAACUCAUACGGGAGAGAUAUAUACUUGCUCAAUAUGUCAAAAGGGUUUUUCCCAACCAAAAUAUUUAAAAGCUCACAUGAUAACUCAUACAGAAGAGAAACAACCAUAUACUUGCUCUAUAUGUCAAAGUAGUUUUUCGUAUCAGUAUGCUCUCACAAGACACAUGCGAACUCAUACUGUAGAGAAACCAUUUACUUGCUCUAUAUGUCAAAAGAGUUUCUGUCAAUCAAGUUAUCUCACAAUUCACAUGAGAACUCAUACAGGAGAGAAACCAUAUUCUUGCUCGAUAUGUCCAAGUAGUUUCUCUAAAUCAGGUUAUCUCAAAAUUCACAUGAGAACUCAUACAGGAGAGAAACCAUAUUCUUGCUCUAUAUGUUCAAGAAGUAUCUCUAAAUCAUUUGAUCUCAGAAGACACCAGAAGAGAAACCAUUCACUUGCUCUAUAUGACAAAUAAGUUUUUCUCAAAAACGUUAUUUGAAAACUCACAUCGGAACUCAUACAGGAGAGAAACCAUACAUAUGAUCUAUAUGUCAAAAGUAUUUAUAUGUUUCAGGUACUCUCUCACGACACGUAAACUCAUACUGGAGAGAAACCAUAAACUUGCUCUAUAUGUCAAAGAAGUAUUUCUUGUCAAAGUAAUUUGAAAACUCACUCCAGAACUCAUACUGGAGAAAAACCAUAUACUUGCUCUAUAUAUCAAAGAAAUUUUUUUUCCUCCAGUACUCUCACAAAGCACAUGAAAACUCUUACUAGGGAGAAACCAUUCACUUGGUCUAUAUGUCAAAGAAGUUUUACUC